GACGCGGUGACGUCGCCGACGCACGCGUGCUCGCCCUUUUCCUCCGCCAUCUUGUUCCCCUCCCCCUCUCUCUGUCCGGCUCGCGCACGAAACCGCCGCCUUCCGGCGCUACUAGACCUGCAGCGCGAUGGCCGAGGAAUGCAUAACGGCAGGUGGUGUCAUGGAUGUGAAUACUGCACUUCAGGAAGUGUUGAAAACAGCAUACAUCCAUGAUGGCUUGUGUUGUGGUCUCCGAGAGGCUGUCAAAGUACUGGACAAGCGACAGGCUCACUUGUGUGUCCUGGCAGCCAAUUGUGACGAGGCACAGUAUGUUAAAUUGGUAGAAGCACUCUGUGCUGAACAUGGGAUCCACCUGAUGAAGGUUGAUGACAACAAGAAGCUCGGUGAAUGGGUAGGACUUUGCAAAAUAGACCGAGAAGGGAAGCCCCGCAAGGUUGUAGGCUGCAGCUGUGUUGUUGUCAAGGAUUAUGGGAAAGACUCUCAAGCCAAGGAUGUCAUUGACAAUUAUUUCCGAGGAAAGUGAUAUAUUUCAUAAAUAAAAAGGAAAAUUUA